AUGAGAAUAUUACUUUUUGGAGAUGAAAACUUCAGUUUUUGCAACGGCUUUUUAGCCGAUCAUGAAGAUGACAUUGUUGAAGUUUGUAGUUGUUUAAAAGAAAAUGAAUUAAAGCAAGAAAGCAAAAAUAAUAUUAAUUCAUUAAAUAAAAAUGUUGUAAUUCAUUAUGGUAUUAACCCAGUUCAAUUAAAAUCCAAAUUUCCACCCAAUACUUUUGAUGCAUUAUAUUAUAUUUUACCAGGGUUGUCAUUUCAUGGGCAUCCAGAUUUUAUUGAUCCACAAACAGAAAUGUUUAAGUUACGUUUAAAUUUAUUUUGUUUUAGUUUUCUAAAAAGUAGUAAAAAUAUAAUUAAACCUGAUGGUUAUGUUUAUUUAUUAUUUCCAGAAGAAACGGCCACAAAAAGUGCAAGUGCAUUAUCUGUGAAUGAUGCUAAUAUGAACAUAAAUAACGACAACAAAUGUAACAACGAUAGUAAUGAUAAUAUUAACAGUAACUGUAAUAAUACAACUUCAGAGGGUCUUGCAGAGGAUUCUUCUAGAAAUAAUUUUUGUCUACCUUUCCUACCAAUAGAACCAAAAAAGUUAGCAAAAUUUUGCAACAUUUCAAGAGAAUAUAGUAAAGAUUUUAAUUUAAACCUGGAUGUACAUUCAAAUUGGCUGCCCGUUUUGUUCAAUAUGCCCAUUGUGCAUAAAUUGCCAGAAUGGGUAAAAACGUGCAAAUACUACUGUUUCAAGAUGACUGAACUUCCAAUCAAUAAAAAUAAAAAGAGUAAAACGAAUGAAUUCGGUGAUAACAAUAAUGAUGUUUCCACAAACAUGAACAAUGAACAGAACCGAGAUGAAGAUAACGAAAAUAAUGAUGAUGAAAACCAAAAUAUAAAAAGAGAAAUAAAAAAUGAAUAUGAGAAGCGACAAGAUGAUGAUGGAAAUAAUGAUAAUGAGAAUUCCCAAAAUAUGCAGGAUAAUGAAAAUAUGGGGAACAGCACAGAAAAUGAAUUAUCAAAAGAGAAAGCAGAUGAUCCAGAUGAAUAUAAUGUUUUGAAAAUUCCACCCCAAGUUUUUGAAUAUCCUAUUGAAAAAUUAGGGCAUGUAAAUGAGUGCUUCUUAUUUAAACUUUAUUCAAUAAACAGUAAAAGUGUAUUAAUAUCAAGACUGACUUUGAAAUAUGAUCCUAGAAUUUCAGGAUGGAAAGGGGAUAAUAAAGUUAAAAAGGACAUGAUGAAUAUUAAUAUGUCUAUGAAUAUGAAUAACAUGAACAUGAAUAACAUGAACAUGAGUAACAUGAACAUGAGUAACAUGAACAUGAGUAACAUGAACAUGAUGAAAAAUAUGAAUAACUUAAUGAACAUGAAUAAAUAUAAAGGAGGGAAAUACAAGAGCAAACAGCCAAAAAAUGAUUUCCAACAACAAUAUAAAAGUAAUUUAAUGCAAAAUAACAUGAAUUAUUCUUUAAAUAAAAAAGGAAAUAUGAAUUUACCACCCCCACCUCCAACUGAUAUAAAUAUGCAUCCAAAUAAUGUCAAUAUGCCCAAUCAAAAUAUCAAUUAUAAACAAAAUAAUUUUCCUUUUGUAAAUAAUUUUAAGGGAAUUCCCACCAACUUAUCCCCAAAUGUACAAAAUAGUAUUACUAACAUUCCAAUGAACGUUAAUCCGAAUCUUACCAACAACAUGAUGAACCCAUACCUUAACGGUUCUUACAGUAACAAUUUCAGAAAUAACAUGUAUCAGCAAAAUAUCCCCAUGCCACCACCCAUGGGCAAUUUUAACAAGAAAAUAUACCAAGGCCCUAAUAUGAACAUAAAGAGAAAAAAUGAUUUAUAUAACUGCGAUAAUAUGGAAAAGAACUACGACAACUAUAAUGUGAAGGAUAGCUACAAAUCGGAUGAUGACAACAACAUGAACAAUGUUAAUGAGUGCAAUGAUGAUUUCGAACUGGAUCCGUGCGAUUACAACUCGGCGAAUGUAAAGAACUUGCAUAACAAAAAUGCCGAAGAUGCUGAUUAUUAUUUCAUAAAACAGAGAUCAAGACAACAGAACCAUUAUGGUACGUACUAA